CAAAAGAAUUAUUCCUCUACACUGAACAGGGGAUCAUCAUGGCGUCGUCACCAUUUGCCAAACACGAGGAGUCGAAGAGUGAUAAGGAAGGAUUCCAUAUUCCUAAAUCACCUCGCCGACCACCAUUUCUGAUUCCAAGCCCAAUUCCAUGUAGAAGAACUCGUACAUCAUCACAGUCUCGAAUGGCUGCUGAUAGUCCAGUUCAGACUGGCACUGUAACCGAGUUUAGUCGUUCGCACGGCCAUGGAUUUGUUAAACCAGACGAGGAAAGUGAUGAAAAGCAUUAUUUUGUUCACAUAUCAGACGUGGAGAGUGAAUACGAGCUCAAAGAGGGGGACAAAGUUGAGUUUCGGACAAUAUUGAUGCCCCCUAAGCUAACGGAGAAACAAGCAGUAGAAGUCAAGUUAUUGAAAAUGUCAAAUUCAAAACACGAAAAAUGGGCAUCUUUCACGUGAACUUGUCAAUUCCACGUGAGCAUGGUAUGCAGACAUGCAAUUUUCGUCCUCGCGGUUCUACGUCACCGUGUAACUUGGCUGUCAUCCCUAUUUUGAUUUUUCUCUAAUCAUUGAAACAUUUUGGACAAUAGUACCUUCAUAUAUCGUUUAGAGAGAAUAACAAAAAGUGUUGUAAUUAUUUCGAUUUGACAUUUUCUGUAAUUCUUUUGCAAACAUUGUAAAUUCAUACACAAUUUUAAACAAAUUUCCAGUUAUUGUAUCCAUCGAUAUUUCCAUUUCGAGCAAAUGGUCGUAUAAAGUUGCAAUGUUCUGUGAAUAUGGCAAUAUAUUUUUCAACAUGCAGAUGUGUGUCGCAUUAUGAUGGUCUAUUGAUUUGAAAA